AUGGUGGAUUAUUUGGUGAAAGCAGAGGAAUUUGAGAAGAAAGCAGAGAAGAAGCUCAAUGAUGCUGCAAUGCUUCUCGAACAUGCAGCUAAUUCCUACAAACUCGCCAAAUCUUGGGAUUUAGCAGGAAAAGCUAAUUCAGAGAACAAACAUGAUGCUGCAUACGCCUAUGCUCAAGCCGCUAAAUCCUUCAAGAAAGUGAAUGCAAAUGAGGCUGCAUCUUGUUUAGAGCAUGCAGUGAAUAUAUAUUGCGAGAUAGGAAUGCUUGGCAUGGCUGCAGGAAUUUAUAAGGAACUCGCUGAGUUUUAUGAAUCCGAUCAGAAUAUGGAAAAGUCUAUUGCUUAUUAUGAAAAGGCAGCUGAAUUUUAUCAAACUGAAGAAGUAACUACUUCUGCUAACUAUUGCAAGCUAAAGAUCACGCAAUAUUCUGCCCAAUCAGAGCAAUAUGAGAAGGCAAUAAAGAUCUAUGAAGAAAUAGCUCAACAAUGUCUCAAGAAUACUUUGCUUAAGUAUGGAGUUAAAGGGUAUCUUCUCAACGCUGGUCUUUGUCAUCUACGCAAAGCUGGUGUUAUUUCCAUUACCAAUGCCUUGGAGAAAUAUAAGGAUUUGGAUCCAACUUUUUCAAGAACGCGAGAAUGCAAGUUUUUGGUGGAUAUUGCUGGGUCCAUUGAUGAGGAAGAUGUUGCCAAGUUCACAGAUGUUGUCAAGGGAUUUGAUAGCAUGACGCCUUUGGAUUCUUGGAAGACAACAUUGUUAUUAAGAGUGAAGGAGAAGCUGAAGGCAAUGGAGCUUGAUGAGGAUGACUUAACUUAA